AUGAAGAAGAAGCACACCGCGACGACCGGCGGCGUCCGUGCCGUCGCGCUGGUCCUCGUGGCGCUCGUCCUCUCCGGCGACGUCGCCGCGCACGGUACCUCAUUCAACUACAAGGAUGCCCUCACCAAGUCGAUCAUGUUCCUGGAGGCGCAGCGGUCCGGGAAGCUGCCGCACAACAACCGCAUCAAAUGGCGCGGUGACUCCGGCAUGGAGGACGGCAAGCUCGCCCAUGUGGAUCUCACCGGCGGGUACUACGACGCCGGCGACAACGUGAAGUACGGCCUGCCCCUGGCGUUCACCGUGACGACGCUGGCGUGGGCGGCGCUGGCGUUCAAGCCGGAGCUGCAGAAGACGGGCGAGCUGAAGAACGUGCAUGCCGCCAUCAAGUGGGGCACCGACUACUUCCUCAAGUGCGCCACGAAGAAGAACCACAUGUGGGUUCAGGUGGGCGACCCCAACCUCGACCACCAGUGCUGGGUCCGGCCGGAGAACAUGAACACGCCCCGCACCCUCUACCAGAUCGACGACAAGACCCCCGGCACCGAGAUCGCCGCCGAGACCGCCGCCGCCUUGGCCGCCGCCUCCCUUGUCUUCCGCAACGAGAAGGCCUACUCCCGCCGCCUCAUCAACAAGGCCAAGCUACUGUACCAGUUCGGCAAGAGCCACCUGAAGACGUACGACGGCGAGUGCCCCUUCUACUGCUCCUACUCCGGCUACAACGACGAGCUGCUGUGGGCGGCGACGUGGCUCUACAUGGCGACCAAGCGGCAGGUGUACGCCGACUUCAUCAGCCACGAGGCCAUCUCCUCCAGCGUGGCCGAGUUCAGCUGGGACCUCAAGUACCCCGGCGCGCAGGUGCUCCUCGCCGAGCUCAACAUGACGGCCAGCGGCGGCCUGCAGAGCUUCAAGACGCAGGCCGACAACUUCGUGUGCGCCGUGCUCCCCGACACCCCCUUCCACCAGGUCUUCAUCACCCCGGGCGGCAUGAUCCACCUCCGCGACGGCGCCAACUCGCAGUACGUCACCGGCACCGCCUUCCUCUUCGUCGUCUACGCCGACUGGCUCCACCGCGCCGGCGAGAAGGUCAUGUGCGGGGACACGCCCAUCAAGCCGGAGAGGCUCAGGGAGUUCGCCAAGCAGCAGAUGGACUACCUGCUCGGGGCCAACCCCAUGGGGAGGUCCUACGUCGUCGGCUUCGGGGUCAACCCGCCCACCCAGCCGCACCACCGCGGAGCAUCCACCCCCGUGCUCAAGCCAGGGACGGUGGUGAACUGCGGCAUGAGCUUCGGCGACUGGUUCGCGCCCGACAGGCCCAACCCCAACGAGCUCACCGGGGCCAUCAUGGGAGGGCCCGACGGCGCCGACAAGUUCAUUGACAAGCGAAACGCAUCGGCCUGCACCGAGCCAUGCACCUACAUCAACUCCCUCGCCAUCGGCCCGCUCGCCGCGCUCGCCGGCCGAGGGCCCAAGCUCGUCGCCUCACACUGA